UUUUGGAUCGAUUGGAUGCUUAGGUUGUUGUUGAUUUGAGAAGCUGCGUUAAAUUCACCGGACAAUUAAUACUAUUUGUUUUCUGAUUUGUACCAAUCAAUAAUAAGUCUUGGAUAGAAUCAGUAUGUAAGUAUUAUGGUUGGAAUGACUUACAAAUGACUAGUAAACGAUGGACAAGAAACCAGUAAACAAAGAACAAGUAACCAGCAAACAUGGCUUGAAUCAGAAAAAAAUCUCUACAUUGAAAUAAACCACUUUGUAUACGAGUCUAAGAAAGGACUUGUACGGAAACACAGAUCCUGGCUUGAAAAUUAUAUGUUACAAACAAUCGUACCGGAUAAUUUGACAAUAAUAAUACAAACAAAUUUACCAAACACUGACUAGGAAUAGAAGACGACAAAUACUGUGGAAUAUCGCAUUGUAUAAGAUGAUGAACUGUGAUCUUCUUCAGCGGAGAUGUUUUAGAUAGUAACGUUUGACCAAACUCAUUAUAACCAAGAAGAAAAUAAAUAUACAUUAAAUAAUGUGCCUGACGUUUUACAGUUUAUUCAAUCGAUCCCUAUGGUUAUUACCUGUUGUAACUGUCAGCCUCGUUUUGAUGACUUUCAGUACCACAUAUGGUAUAGCUGUCGGCCUCAAUCAUACACAAGCGGUAUUUCCUUAUGUAACCAAAACGGGUUCAGCUGUGCCUGAGAGAGGAAUAUUUACAAUAGGUAUAAUCAUAGCCGCCAUCUUGUUUUGCAUGAAUAUAGAGAUUAGAUACGAGUAUGUAAGGUUGAAUUUUAGCCAGAUGUCCUUGACCCCUGCAGAGAAAGCAAGAUGGAUGACGACUAAUACCAUGACAUUGUAUCUUAGUCACAUUUCUGUCUUUGGACUCUUUAUGUUAGCUAGUUUUCAGAUAGAUACAAUGAAUGUCCCUCAUCAUCUUGGUGCCUUCCUGACGUUUGUGUUCGGCCCUGUUUGCUCUUGGUUACAUUCAGCCAUUACAUGGAAAACCUAUAAAGAAGAGAGGAAAACAGAGUUUCUCAUCACAUUUCUAUGUCAGAUAGCAAUGAGUUUUGUAUCGACAUGUUUGUUAAUUAUUUUUUCCGGUUCAUUUGGUUCAUAUAAACACCAACGAUUAUUACAAGGGAGUACAAAAACGGACACAUUACGAGAUGUAUUUUUGACGUCAACAAUAUCAGAAUGGUUAUUAGCUAUUUCAAUAAUAUUAUUUUUACUGACAUUCAUACCUGGAUUUAAAAAGAUGGAAUUUGAUGGAAUUGUAACGAAAUGGAAAGCUCCUGGCAGUGAAAAAUCAGUGUUAUGCGGAAGAAUACUAGGUUGUUGUAAUGUCUGAACUGUUUUAGAAAAUCCUUAUCUAUAUAUGUGAGACUGUUUGUGUUAAAUAAAACAUUUAUAUUGUCAAAAUGUUUCAG